GGCCCAGUCCAGCAGCUUCAGGGCCAUCCGCUAUGUCCUCCACCGUGAACAACGGGGCAGCCAGCAUGCCGUCCCCACCCGACGCGGCCAAUGGCUUCCCGCAGCCGGGUGCCUCCUCCGGAGCCUGGCCACGGACCGAGGAGGAGCUGCGCGCCGCGGAACCGGCCUUGGUGAAACGCGCUCACCGCGAGAUCCUGGACCAUGAGCGCAAGCGGCGUGUGGAGCUCAAGUGCAUGGAGCUGCAGGAGAUGAUGGAGGAGCAGGGGUACUCGGAGGAAGAGACCCGGCAGAAGGUCAGGACGUUCCGGCAAAUGCUGAUGGAGAAGGAGGGGAUGCUCACCAGGGAGGACCGGCCUGGGGGCCACAUCGUGGCGGAGACCCCGCGGCUGACCGAGGGCUUGGAGCCAGGUCUGGAGUACGGGCCCUUCGACGACGACGGCCCGGUGGACUGCGACUGCCCAGCCGCCUGCUACCGCGGCCACCGGGGGUACAGGGCCAAGCACUGGUCCAGCAGCUCAGCGUCGCCCCCUCCCAAGAAGAAGAAGAAAAAGAAAGGCGGCCACCGGAGAAGCCGCAAAAAGAGGAGACUAGACUCGGAGUGCAGCUGUGGGAGCUCCUCACCCCUGCGCAAGAAAAAGAAGAGUGUGAAGAAGCACCGCCGAGACAGGUCUGAUUCUGGGUCCCGGAGGAAGAGGCGGCACAGAUCUCGAAGCCCCAAGAGCAAAAGAAAAGAGAAGAACAAAGAGAGGAAAAGGCCACACGCAGAGUCCCCUGGCUGCAGGUCCCAUCGCCACAGCAGCGGCAGCUCCCACAGCCCCUCCCUGUCCUCUCACUACAGCGACUCCAGAUCACCCAGCAGGCUGAGCCCUAAGCACCGAGAAGACGGGCGGAAGACGGGAAGCCAGCGGUCCAGCGGGAGCCGGUCGCCUUCCCCAUCUGGCGGCAGCGCAUGGGGUUCGCCCCAGCAGAAUGGCGGCAGCAGGCAGCGGAGCGGAGCGCAAGGAGGCCGCCUGGGCUCGGCUCACAGCCCGCCGGAUAAGCCCGGCUCGCCCUCGUCCAGGGCCCGCGACCCGGCGGAGGCGGACGCAGCCACGCCGCCCGCGCGCGGGAAGGACAGCCCCAGCCCGCGCUCCGCGCCGUCGUCCCAGGGCCGAGGAGGCCGCGCGGCGGGCGGGCCGGCCAGGCGGCGCCGGCGGCGACGGCGACGGCGGCGGCGCUCGCGGUCCUCGGCGUCCGCGCCCCGCCGCAGGGGCCGCCGGCGCGCCCGGCCCGCGCCCCCCCGGGGCUCGUCGCGCUCGCUCAGCAGGGCCCGCUCCAGCAGCGACUCGGGGGGCGAAGGCGGCGCCCCCGGGCCCGGGCCCGAACCCGGCUCCGAGCGCGGCCACGGCGGCCACGGCAAACGGGCCAAGGAGCGGCCCCCGCGCGCCCGGCCCAGCCCCUCCCCGUCCCCGGGAGCGCGCGGCCGGCACGGCGGCCCGGAGGGCAAGAGCUCGUCGCGCAGCCCCGGCCCGCACCCGCGGUCCUGGAGCUCCAGCCGCUCGGCCUCCAAGUCCCGCUCGCGCUCGGCCGAGAAGAGGGCGCGCAGCCCCAGCCGCUCGCCGUCGCCCAAGAAAGCCCUGGGCUGGGACAAGGACGGCGAGAGCCGCGCCAGGCACGCCGAGGCCGAGGCCGCCCGCGCCCGGCGCCGCUCCCGCAGCUACUCGCCCAUCCGCAAGCGGCGCCGGGACUCGCCCAGCUUCAUGGAGCCCCGGCGCAUCACCAGGUCCAGCCUGCUGAGUGGCCUGUGGGCAGCCUGGGGGCCAGGUGACCCCCUCUCCACAGGCUGCAGGGGAGAUGCCCAUUGCCCGAAAGCGCCCCAUCCCCUACUACCGGCCCAGCCCCUCGUCCUCCUCCAGCUGCCUGAGCAGCGACUACUCCAGCCGCAGCCCCAGCCGCAGCCCCAGUCCUGGCCACAGCCACGGAAGCUACAGCAGCCGAAGCCGAGGGACCCGCAGCCGCACGCGCAGCCCCUCCCGGACCCCCAGUCCCAGCUACCACAGCCGGAGCAGCUCAGAGAGUGGGGGCUUCUGAGUCCAGACACACCCAGCUUGGUGCCCCCUGGCACAGGAAGAGGCAAGGGGUCAGGCCUCAGGACCCAUGGUGGGAGGCCCAUACCCCACUACUGCAAAAAGGUCCCUGGGCCAGGGAAGACCUUGAGGGUGAGCACCCUGCAGACAAGGAGGAGCUGGAUUCUGUUGCUUCUAGAGGGUCCCUACCCCCACCUCCUCCCACCCACCGUGUCCAGGGAACAAAGAGCCGCUAUGAACACAGGGAUCACUCUGCUCCCCCUUCCUGCUUGAUGCCAGCCUACUAGGCUGGGGACCUCAGCUCAGUGGACCCAGGGGCACCUCUGAAAGUGCCAGCCCUGGGAUCUUCCCCUCUCCACUCUGCAGGGCCCUCAGCUCAUUUUUAUUACUGGCUAACAAGGCGGGCCAGCAAGCACCAUCUAAGUUAGAAGAAAGACUGGGCUAGCUCUCCGUGCGCCAUAGUCCAGACUGGGGGCAGCAUCCUGAAUAAGCUGCAGGAGGGCCCAGACUGAGAGCUGGAGGCUGGUCUCAAUGCCUCCCUAAACCCCUCCCCUGGCACAGGAGGGCUAGACUAGGCGGCCUCUACGACUAGGAUGCCUCAAAGCCCCAGCCCGAGGGCCAAGGAGCUCACUCCUGGUCCCACCUUCCUAGGCCAGGAUCUGGCCUCCAGCCCUCACCCCAUUCCCUGGGCCAAGGCCAUACCAGCCAUGCCUUCUGUGUGACUAGAGGUGGGACAGGCAGACCACAACAGCAUCUGACCUUGAGAGCAAACAGGACUCAGGUCAAGAGGUGUAAGAGAGAAGGGCCUGGAGGAGCCUGGGAGCAGGGAAGCAAUGUGGCCUGCAGAUGAGCAGUACCUGGAGUCCCAGUGUACCCAGAGCCAGGUCGUGGGCUAGUUGGCAGCACAGAGUCACAGGCAUAGGGUAAAAUGCACUUUGGGACCUGCCCAAGGGAGCACUUCCUCCUUGGGGUUUGGUGGUCAGCUGAGGCUUCCCAGAGUGGGGGUGCUGUAGCCCUUCGAGGGAAGGAGAGGAUCUAGACCGAGGGCCUUGGCCUGGGGCAUCAAUGGGGAAGUAGUGGCCCCAGCCCUCUUCUGCUGCUCCCAGCCCCCUCCUCCCGGGGCCCUCAGGGAUCUCACAAAGUCUUCCUUGGCCCAGCAGGGCAGAUGCCCUGGGCUCCCAUGGGGGGAGGGGUCUGGGGUGUGGUCCGGGUUCCCCUCUAUUUCCUCCUCCCUCUUUCUCCGCGGUGCGGAUAAAAAUUGGACUCUAAUAAAACACUCGGUGCCCGGAUGGCAGGUGGUGAGAUCAGGCCUCUCUGGAUUUGGGCACCUGGGAGCAUGGAGCUGGGAUCCUUCCCUGUGAGCAAUGAGAAGGGCUCAGACUCCUCGGACCAAAGAACUAGGGCUCAGUGGAUCUAACCCUCGCCUCCCUCCAUGCAUGAAUCUGGGGCGUGGAAGAGGGGUCCAAGAACACCUUCCCUGCAGCUGGGACACGCCUACACUCCUCACACACCAGGCCCGGCUUCAGGGAAAGGGCUCAGGGAGGAGGUGCCACACAGGACCCUCCCCCUCCAGGGGCCCUCCCAGAGGUCUAGGACAAGGCGCGCCCUUCCCAGCUUGGUGACACCCAGGGCUGGGGUGAAGCCCAAAGGAAAGAUUGUGCCAAGUGCAGGGCACAGGGUCGAGCAUAGAGCAGGUAUUCGAUAAAGGGUGAAAUUAGGGAGCCCAACGCUGGCUGGGCACUAGAACGGGACUGAAAAGGGGAAGUCGUAGUUUUCUGAGCUGCUGGCAUUAAAUUUCUUUCACAUAGAUCCAAGCAAACACACACAUUUUCCUCCUCCUCCUUUUCCUUCUCCUUUUUCUCAGUGUGGAUUUUAACCCAGUGCUCUUUGGGAAUCUGAUGAAGGUCAAGAACACCUUCCCCAGAUGAAGGCACAUCCACCCAUAAUUCGGCAUGCAGUUUUGGGUCUCACAGACACUCUAAGUCCACCCUGGCUGAGGGGACAGCUGAUGUGGCCACAGCCCUGGUCUGUAUGAGCCGUGGCACAGGAGAUGCCCUUGGUGUGGUCUGGUGCCCAGAGCAGGGACCGCGCUCCUGACACCUAUGGCUGUGGCAGCACACGUUCCCCUUCCCCCCAGUUGCUUUUCCUCCAGACUGGGGGGACCUUUGGCCAGGGCCCAUGCUUCUGGUCUGAGGAAGCAGUGCAGAGAAGCCACGGAGAAUUCCUGAACUCUUUACACAAGUUCAGCAAAACUGGGUCUUGGGCAAGCCGUGGGGCUUUGGGAGAGCAGACGCAGCCCUGGAACUGCCAACUCCUAGGGGGUAGGGUAUGAAAUCUAGCCAAAGGUUAGCAUAAAAUUCACCCUGUCCCCAGAGAGAGAAGAGGAAUUGAGAAUUCCUGUUUACUCCUUGCUACCAAAUAAACCAGUUAUUUCUACAAGAAAAUGAAAAUUCACCCCUUCUCACUCUGAGCCCACUCUGUCCCUCCCUGUGUACCCCGUUCCACUGUUUCACUGCCAGCCUGCCCCCUUCUCCUGCACCCCACAGUCAGGCUCUCCCCCAAC